CAUGACGGUGUAGGUCGUAUGUAAAAUGAAAUAUUUUUUUAUCAACUCAAACUAUUUAAUGUGUAGUUUUAUGAACGGAUACAUGGACAUACAUCUAAAGCAACGGAUAUAUGGCCUUAUUUCUAUAACCACACAGUUAUGCCAAUCGGAAGGGACUCUAAAAUGCAGAACUUUCGGGUCGUAGUCAUGGGGACCGGUGGCGUCGGGAAAAGUUCUAUUAUAAGCAAAUUCAUGAACGAUAAAUUCACUGAAGUUCAUAAAGAAACUAUAGAAGAACUGCACAGACACCAGAUGCGGUUUGACAGUGGGAGUGUUGAAAUAGACAUUCUAGACACGGCCGGAUCUCUUCAGUUCCCGGCGAUGAGAAAACUUGCAAUAGCAACAGGGGAUGCAUUCUUUCUUGUUUUCUCUGCUAAUAAUCCGGAAAGCUUUGAAAUUGUUAAACACCUUCGAGAUGAAAUAAAAGAGCAAAAACAAAAGGGACAGUACUCGAUCGUUGUUGUCGCAAAUAAAACUGAUUUAGACAUUGAGGAAAAUCACUCUCACGCGGUGACAGAGUCGGUUGUGUGUAUGGACUGGGAGGAAAAGUUUAUUACUACAUCUGCCAAAACAGGGGACAAUAUUGAAUGCGUAUUUCAAGCCCUUGAAGAUAAAAUUAGGGAGAGAAUGGUAAAUUUGAAGAAGAAACGCCUGUCCUUUUUCAGGAGGAUUUCAAUGCCUGUGAUGAGAAUGACAAAAUCGGAAACUGCAACGACAGCACUUGUGGAGAUCAAACCUCGACCACAGUCGAUGAAAAAUUAAAACAAAAUACUUUUUUGCACAACAGUUGAAUUUCAAAUAUAUAUUAAUUUAAGGUUGGAAAACAUAUACCUUCUGUGUAUAAUCACUGUGCUACAGUUCGUUUUUAAACUUUAUUUAAUAUAUAUAUACUCACAUUGUUCAAAACUAUUUUUAUUGUUUAUACAUCAGUUAUCGAAUAGUAAACUUAGCGGUCUAUAAUGCCUUAUUAUGUUAACCUGAUUUCACUUUAUUGAUCAAAUGAAAAACAACAACGGAAGAUUUGUGCACAGAUUAGAUAAAUUGUUUUCUUAUAUUUCAUAGUUACGUGGCCCCGAAUUCCCCUGUUAAAAUGCACCAAAAUUAUGCUUAUAUUUUUUGACUGUCCAUCAGUUAUAUAUUUUUUUGUUUCGAUUUUAAAGGCUAAUGAAUACAAUGUGUUUAAUUUUACCAAAGUAACUGCACAUUUUUUGUGAAAGGCAUCAGUUCUUUUUGUCAAAUAUCCUGUUUGAAUACUAAGUAUAGUAGUUUUUACCAUACAGAAUUGCAAUUAUUGAUAAAAUCUAAAAUGUUACCUAGUGUGCAUUUGCAUCUGCCGGACUUGUCUACCAGUUGAUGUCUUAAUUACCUUAUAUGGGACUAAAUGGCGUAGUGGUAUAAUAUAAGUGUUACUAUUUUUGUAACUAUAUUAAUUGUUUUUGCUGGUGCCUUAUUGAACAAGUGAUUUCAAUCCUAUGAACAAUGUAAACUAAUAUUAAUCAGGUCAGUUUUAUAAAGCAAUUUUAAAUUGUACUGCUUAAAGUUGUUUCCUUUUUUCAUUUUGUAAAAUAACGAUUAUUUUCACAUGUACAAUAAAAAUAGAACUAACCGCUGGAUUAAAUUUUUACAGCAAAAGCACUUCACUUUUACUCACAUUGAAAUUUGCUCAAUAGUUUUAUUGUUUGUAUGGGAUA